AAGUUAUUUGUGGAUCCUAAGUUCUACUCGAACUUCAACUCAUUGUGAAUUUUAAGUAUAUAGAAACGUGAGAUUCAGCCUCCAGGAUCUUGAUCUGAAUUAAUCUUUUUAUUUUCUUUGAUCUGAUCUAAUUGCUUUUGUUCAGUGGAAUUUUCCUUUGUUUCCCCCAGAAAAAGAAAAAGAAAAAAAUUGCAGAGAGAGAUGAGCUGUGGGUAAAAUGAGAUCGAUCACACUUGCUGGAGAAUCAUGUGCGUGCACGCUAAGUAAAACUUGGAGACCAAGUCCAGUAGACUUGCAGACCAAGCCAAGUACCAAGCCAGGUAGAAGACAAAUUAAGUAGGAAGCAAUCAUGUCUCAGCUGGUAGAUGCUAUGCUCCAAAACCUUUUUCAACUAGUAAAGAACGAGGCACAAUACGCAUUGGACUUCAAAGUUGAGUUUGAUAAAAUGGAGUCACGCCUUGAUCUUAUGAUAGCCUUCAUGAUUGACACUGAGAAUCUCAAGAAUAAGAAUGAAGUUGCCAAGGCAGCUAUAAUCAAGCUUAGGGGAAUGAUUUAUGAUGCUGAUAACGUUCUUACUGAUUGCAUUGUCAGAGAUGAAUACAAGAAAUAUCGAUCUUGCUUCCAUUCAUACCUCUCUGAUCCAUUGUUUUUGUAUAAGACAGGAAAGAAAUUGAAAGACAUCAAUACGAGAAUUGAGCAGAUAGAGAAGAGCUUGGGUAGUUUCCAAAGAGAUCCACAUCAUACCAUUCACACUGAAGAUUCAAGCCAUGCUAGAGGAUUCAUGUCUCAAGAUUCCUACCCAUCCGAGACAGUUGGAUUGGAAGCUGAUUUGAAGAAGAUCAAAGGGUGGAUUCUUGACACCCAAGAAACACUUUUGCAAAUUACCAUUGUGGGGAUGGGGGGUUUGGGAAAAACCACCAUUGCCCAGAAAAUCUUUCAUGAUAAUGAGGUACUAAGUCGGUUUGAUAAGAUCAUAUGGGUUACUGUUUCAAGAGCUUUUAGGGAGGAGCAUGUUCUAAAGCACAUGUUGGAAAGGUUAGGGAAAAAGGUAUCUGGGUUCGAUAGUAGCCAAUUGCUUGGAGAGUUUCAACAAGUUCUUGCUGAGAAGACUUGCCUUAUUGUUAUGGAUGAUGUAUGGGAAAUGAAUAUGGAAUGGUGGACAACCCUGUGCUCCAUUUUUCCAAGACGAGAUGGUAAAAGCAGCUCCAUCAUAAUUACUACAAGGAAUGAAAAUGUUGCUAAUGAUAUGGGCAUUGAAAACUCGCGAAUCCAUAAGCCUGAUUUUCUAAAUUACAUCGACAGUUGGUCUUUAUUCUCCAAAUUUGCAUUUUCUUCUAAUAAGGGAAUUUGUCCAAAUCCCAAGUUUGAGAAAAUAGGCAAGGAUAUCACGAAGAAGUGUGGGGGGCUUCCACUAGCAAUCAAGACAAUAGGAGCUUUAUUAGCACCAAAGAUUGAAUCCCUUGCUAGUUGGACUCAAACUUGGGAAAGUUUUCAUGACUUGACAACUGAAGGAAUAAAUAAAUCGGUUAUGGCAUCUCUUCAACUGAGUUAUGAUGAACUCCCAUCUCAUCUAAAGCAAUGCCUAUUGUCUUUCUCCAUUUACCCUGAAGACUUCGAGGUAAGAAUUGAACAACUAAUCCAUUGGUAGGUUGGUGAGGGUCUUAUCCAGGGCAAAGGCUCAAAAUCAGCAAUUGAAAUGGGGUACGAAUACCUCUUGCAACUAGUGAAAAGGUGUCUUGUCGAAGCUAUGCAACAACGACGCUAUGAUGGGAGGAUCUACAACUGUAAGAUACAUGAUAUGGUGCGGGAAUUGAUUAGCAUGAAUGCUCAGGAGGAGGCAUUUUGUAGCUUUGAUGAAAAAGGCCAGCAAAGAUUGACAGAGGAAUGUCGGUGGUUAGGUUUCAGUAAUGCCAUGCAAGGAAAGCCACUAGGAAACAAGUCGAAGAUCAGAGCAUUAAUUUUAUUGGUGUCAAAUAUCGUGAAGCAUGACUUAAAGAAUUUCGGCUCACUGACAUCCCUUAGAGUGUUGGAUAUCUUAAA